AUGGGUUCACACUUCAGUUCGACCACGCUGGACGAUAGCACAGUAACUAUGAUUAAACGUAAAACAAGAAUGAAAUCUUCUGAAAUCACAGACUGGUUUAACGAACUCAAGGCACGAUGUCCAAAUGGUAAAAUGACAAAAAAAGAUAUGCUAAAAUGUUAUAAAGAAUUAAGUACAUGCGACAUAGAUAAAAUUGAACAUGUUGUUAAUGCUAUAUAUGAAGCAUUUGAUACAGAUAACGAUGGUAAAGUUGAUUUUAAAGAAUUUGCUAUUGGAUUUUUAUUAACAACAAAAGGUACAAUAGAAGAAAAACUUGAUUAUACUUUUCAACUUUAUGAUAUAGACAAAGAUGGUUAUAUUGAUCAGUCUGAGAUUGAUAUUAUGGCUAAGUAUGUUUUACGAAUGUUAGGUGGUAAUGGUAAUGAUUUACAAUCGGUUGAAUUGCUCAAACAUUUCAUUGCUUCAUGUCAUUGUAAUGAACAAGGUCUUAUAACAAAAGAAAAUUUUGUUAAAGCUUUAUCGAAAAAUGAAUUACUUAGUCAACUUUUAUCUCCUUUUACUUAA